AUUAGUACCCGUGCCCUGCAAAUCAGUGCCGUCCUCAUACCACCAUAGUACCGCGACGAUCUGUUCUGUCUUGUUUUGGGGUCUAUUAAUGCUGUCGAACAUAAUAGCAUCAUGCUCAUGCCUCUAGAUCCCCACAGUAGAAAGGUUUUCGGUCCGUCCAAGUGCCGCUGUCAAGAAAGGUUACUCUCUGCCAAGAGCUGCGAAAUACAACCGCUACUCGACAAGCAUAUAGCUUAAGCUGUCUCGCUCUUCUCGGUCCAAGUCCAACUUCCCUCCAGUUUAGACGCAUUCAUGCUUCACCCAACUACCUGCACUCGUUCGAAGUCGCCUAUCGUUCAUGACACCUCAAGGCUAUACCAGAUCGUCGACGGAUUUUAGACAUCACGAGUGAAGUUCGCCAUCACGGAUUACUCAAACAUGUUGUCUAACCCACUCCAACGGUUCUCGCCGUACCACGCGUUACCGUCUAACACACUGCUCUCAAAUGCUCACAUUCCCGGGGGCCACCUCCACGCCUCUGGCCUCGAUACUUUCGGCCACGGGUCGCAAUAUGCUCUUCAGCAUCUCCAGCAGCAUGUAGGAGUUCAUGCCCCUCAUCUAGCUCGAGCACCGCAACCGAAACAUCGACAACACCCUUAUGGAGGGCCAAGCACGAGGGCCGCAGGCGCAGCUGGUCCUAUCAGGAGGAGAAUAAGCAGGGCCUGCGAUCAAUGCAACCAGCUUAGGACCAAGUGUGAUGGUCAACACCCUUGCGCCCAUUGUAUAGAAUUUGGCUUGGGUUGUGAGUAUAUUCGAGAACGAAAGAAGCGAGGUAAAGCCUCCCGGAAGGACCUCGCUCAACAGGCUGCGGCCCAGGCCGCGGCUCAGGCGGCCCAGGGCGGCCAGAAAUCCCCGAACCAUAAUGACGACAGCGAGCCCUCUGCGGAACAGCAAGUGGAAAACGCAUCCUCCGGCAAGCCAGAACAACAGUCGAGCUCUAGCGAAAAAGCGCUUAACGAAAUCAGCGAGGAAUCUAUACAGCGCAGUCAAAGGACAGGAAGCCUCGAUAGUUUGGCAGACCUGAACCCUCAUCAGGCUCACCUGGCCGGCCACCCCGGAGCUUUGGACAGGGACCAACUUGACAGUCCUCCCUCUCUAGACCUCAAUGGGUAUGGCAAUGUUCAGAAUCCAUAUGAUAGACAAGGAAUGGGCCACCUGAUGGGUGGGACGGCGCAUGCCACGUACGGCUCGAACCAGGGAAACCUCUCCUCAAACUAUCCAGAGAUUCCUUACGCACUGCAGACUCAAAGUCCUACCAACUACUCAGCCAACCCCCAGACGACAUUCCGUAUAGGUACCAGCCCUCUCAGCGCAUACCCAAUGGGUGGAGAGCCUACCUCGCCGGGAUGGAUGUCAAUGUCAUCGCCGCCUCCACAGUUCCAGUCGCAUAUUCCCCAAAACAACUACCACCACCAAUUGCGGUACCCGGUCCUCAACCCACUGAUACCCCAUUUAGGAAAUAUCAUCCCGGUUUCUCUCGCAUGUGACCUGGUUGAUUUGUACUUUGCUAGUUCGUCUUCUGCUCAUGCUCAUCCCAUGUCGCCCUAUGUCCUCGGCUUCGUCUUUCGGAAACGAUCAUUCCUUCAUCCGAGCAAGCCUCGCCAGUGCCAGCCAGCUCUAUUAGCGAGUAUAUUAUGGGUGGCGGCGCAGACAAGCGAUGCUCCCUUCUUGACCGGAGUUCCGUCCGCACGAGGGAAAAUCUGUCAGAAGCUGCUCGAACUUACGGUCAGCCUCCUAAAGCCGCUGAUCCAUACGCCAUCCGGGGAAGCCUCGCCUGUUUCCAGCCCAGUGAUCGACGGCGUUGCCUUGGGCGGGUUGGGUGUUGCCCUCCCUGGCUCGAUGAAUAUGGAAAAUAUGACGGGAGAAUCAGGGGCAUUUGGUGCUGCCGGGACGCUGGAUGAUGUAGUAACCUAUAUCCAUCUAGCUACAGUGGUCUCUGCAAGCGAGUACAAAGGUGCUAGUCUCAGAUGGUGGAACGCAGCAUGGUCGCUCGCGAGAGAGUUAAAGCUCGGACGAGAACUUCCCCCGAGCGCCUCUUCGAUGGUGCAAGGAAAUAAUACCAGCGAUGUUGAUGCUGAAGGCGAAAUCGAGGAUGGGCUCGGUCACAACACAGCCCCUGGAGCCGCUAGUGAAGAGGAACGCGAAGAGCGGAGACGUAUAUGGUGGCUCACAUACAUUGUUGACCGUCAUCUAGCGCUCUGCUACAAUCGGCCACUCUUCUUGCUAGAUAUCGAAUGCGAGGGUCUUCUCCAACCCAUGGACGACACCGAAUGGCAGAACGGGAAUUUCAAUUCCCACACGACGGAUCCAGCCUUAGCGGAGCAAUCGGGACCCGACGGAAGGCGGGUGCGCGGUCCGCACUUCGAAUGCACCGGCCACAGUAUAUUCGGUUACUUCUUGCCGCUUAUGACAGUCCUGGGAGAGAUCGUUGACCUUCACCACGCACGCAAUCACCCGCGGUUCGGCAUCGGGUUCCGCUCGGCUAGGGAAUGGGACGACCAGCAAGCUGAAAUCGUUCGGCACUUGGAGGCGUACGAGCAGAGCUUGAAGAAGUUCGAACAGCGGCACUUCAACGCUAGCUCGGAGGAUAAGAAUGAGCAAUCUGCUACCUUGGAAAUGCCGAGCGAGCUAGAUCAGAUCGGCUCGCCGUCGGGGCGAUCAGUGCACACGAGCUCUUCGCGCAUGACCGAGUCCGAUAUCCAAACCCGCAUCGUCAUGUCAUACGGCACACACGUCAUGCACGUACUGCACAUCCUCCUCACGGGAAAAUGGGAUCCCAUAAACCUCCUCGACGACAACGACUUGUGGAUCUCGUCCCAGGGCUUCAUCACCGCUACCGGGCAUGCCGUGUCGGCGGCGGAGGCUAUCAGCAAUAUCCUCGAGUACGACCCGGGUCUCGAGUUCAUGCCCUUCUUCUUUGGGAUCUACCUGCUGCAGGGGUCUUUCCUGCUCCUGCUCAUCGCCGACAAGCUACAAUUAGAGGCCUCGGCUAGCGUCGUCCGGGCCUGCGAGACCAUCAUCCGCGCCCACGAGGCGUGCGUGGUUACGCUCAACACCGAGUACCAGCGGAAUUUCAGCAAGGUUAUGCGCAGUGCUCUCGCACAGGUGCGCGGGCGGGUGCCAGAAGACAUCGGCGAGCAGCAUCAGCGCCGCCGAGAGCUCCUCGCGCUGUACCGGUGGACCGGCGACGGCACCGGGCUGGCCUUGUGACGAAAGAUGCCCCACCAAAUUUGA